GAUUUUACGAAUUCGCGUCCCAGCUUUUCGCGCCCGUCGCUGCUGCUCUCGAAGAGAGGCCUGGAGGACAGUGUGAAAUCCCGGCGAAAGAGGUCUUGGGGAAUGAGAAAAGGAAGAAAGUAAGGAAGGGAGAAGAAAAAUAAAAAAAAGAAAAAGACAGGCGGUGAACACUUCGAUCGCGGAAUCCAUUACAAAAAUCUGCAUUCUAAAACAGCCUAGAAAAUACGACGGAUGCGAGUUUUGAACGAGCGAUUCAAACGCCAGGGGGAAGAAAUCAUCUCUCAAACUUGUUGUGAGGAAAAAGUGAAUCGAAUUCUUUUUCACCGCCAACAAACCGAAAACCCGUUCCUCUCGUGACGAGCUACCGAUUUCAGAACGAAUUUAACAUUUUACUUACCAUAAGUUGUAAGGAAAAAAAUAUAAAGGGGAAGAGUAAAGGAGCGGUUUUUCUUUCACACGGACAUCGCUGCUUUGGGAAAUAACAAAACUUCGUUACUUUCCGUAUUAGAAAAACUGUGAAAAUGAUUUACUCAAAUUGAACGAGGUGAUUUCGGUGCUUAGCCAAGUAUAAAAAACAAACAUGAAGAAACACCCUUAAAGCGAAACAAACCCGACGUGAGUGUCGAUCGAAGUUCCGAAGAGAAAGAGAGAGAGAGAGAGAGAGAGAGAAAGAGAGAGCAGCGACUGCUAAAAAUUCAAAGAGGCGAAAAAUUCGAAGGAAUAAAUUGAAAGUUCGCGUGGGAGGAAGGAAAAAAAAGGAAAAAAUCCACGUGAGUUUCUGGUUGACUCGGAAGUGACACAAAAGUUUUCACCGCACUUCGUAUUGUCACUGGAUAAACUUUGGAUAUUGUUCAAGUAACGAUUCCUCGCCUGCCUUAAGUAUAUACAUACGCAUUCAUACAUACAUACAUUAUAUAACGCCUACUUUACGAAAGAGCGAAACAAGAAAGUAAGAGAUUCGCGCGAAACGUCGUUUGAAAUUUGGAAGAGAAAAAAGGCGAAAAAUACGUAUAUAAAUACUCGAAAAAAAAAUACAUACAUAUACAUAUAUAUUUCAAUCCACGCUUAAUCCGCUUUGAUCCUUGGGAAAGGAUUUGCGAAUCUGCAAAUAACGAGGGGGAAUUUCUGCAGUCGAACCGACCAAGAAAAUACCGCACACAGCAUUGACAACUUCGAGAGUUUCUGAGUAACUCUUUUUCGAAGAUGAGCAACGAGCCAAUUCCGAUGCCGCCUCCUGCCGGUAGCGAACAUUCUCCCGACAUGCACAUCAACAUGGAACGAAUAGAUAAUCCCCACAAGCGUUUGAGUCUGAGGAGACAAAGCAUAGCAAACGCUGUCAUGAACCAGAGAAGAGCUUUACUCGGGGCUCUGAUGACCGAACUGGGAAGUAACAUAUCCCUCCCCUCGGCCGUGUCACUCGAUCACGACUAUGGCCAGCGGCACGAAAGCCAACUCUCGAUUUCUCAUAUUCAAGACCAUCACCCUCUCCGGCCAACGAUGUUGCAAUUAACGCCGGUUGGCACAGCGGCAGGACCCUUGGUGAACAUGGACGUCGCGAAGGGUGAGUGGACGCCACCCACGCCGCCAACGCCGCCGACGCCGCCCACGGAAAAGAAGUACAACCACAAGUACCAGGAGCUUAUGUCAACUCUGAGCACACUUUACGCGAAACUUCUGGUAGUCGUUGGUGUCGCCAUACCCGUUACCGCCAGCGUUAGCAAAGGUGUGCCGACGGCUUACGAUCAGGGUUACUACCUCUACUUGUACUUGAUGAGUGUGGCAUUUGUGGUGAUGCUCUACACCACGCUCAUGAGGGACAAGGCGGUUAAGAGGUUGCUGAUAAAGCACAACAUGGAGGAAAAGAUCUACGAGUUUCCCGUGGAUUCGGGCAGACCGCCGAUAAUUCAGGCUCAGCAGUACGGCAGCUUCUGUCUCCGACUUGGCGCUGUUGGCUUCGGUGCCGGUUCUCUGGUCUUCACCGGGUUGCAAAUCGGUGCCGAAAUAGCGACCUCCUCGGGUGCUCUACGCGCACUAACGCCGGCUGCGCGUCUCCUUCUGGUCACAGCCCAGAUGCACUUCAUAUUUUUGAACAGCAAAGACUUGGAACUCGCGAGGCACGGCGCCCUCGCCAAAUUGGGUCUCAUGCACAUGAUCGCAACGAAUUUAUGCGAAUGGUUGCAGGCUUUGAUACAAGAGACACGUCACGAAAUUGACCAGCUGGAAAACGAACACGAAAGUCGGCGUGGAAUAUUGUCGGGACUUCUCACGAAUGCGAGCCCGUUCCUUUUCCCUUGCACUAUCGAGUUCAGUUUAAUUUGCGCGGUUAUACUCUUCGAGAUGUGGAAAAGGAUCGAUGAGAAACCGACAAGAAGCGAAAGUCUUACAAGAUCUAUUCACCAACUGAGCAUAGACUGCAGCAGCGCACACAAGGGAUUGUUCGCCGGUAUAUUGAUCAUAGCUGCAACCAUACUCAGCUUGAUCAUGUUCUUCGUACUGAAAGAAGAAAAGCCCGACAUCGCCGUGCAACAAGUCACGGCCCUUGAGGCUUGCAUACUGCUUGGAGGUAUAAUGGCAUCCGUUGGAGGCGCGAUAAAAUUACGACACCUAGAGCCAAAGCCAGCGAAGGGCCAGAACCUGGACGCGACUUUGCUGGCGGCGGCUCAAGCAGGAGUCUACUUGCACUGUUUGUUCAGCGUGGUGGGAGGAUUUCUGACAACUGGUCCACGCUGGGGUAUCGCUUUGACCGCCGACAUAUUGGCACUCGUUCAAAGCACCGUUCAAACAUUGCUCAUUAAGGUUGCCUGGAGGCGACGUUCGGCGACGUACGAUAAGCCGGGAAAAGAGCUAAUUACCUUCCUGAUAGUAGCGAACAUCGCGCUCUGGUCGGUAAAUACUCUGGAAAAAUCUCGAGCCGGAGUCCGUCCGCAGCACAUUGAAUUCUUCGGUGUCUGGGCCUGGACCAUAAUCACUCACGUAUCGAUGCCGCUGGCAAUAUUCUUCAGGUUUCACUCCGCGAUUUGCCUUUUCGAGGUUUGGAAGAGCUGCUACAAGUACAGACCACCUGGAUGCGCUCAAACGCCAAGCUGAUACCUCAAGCGCACUCCAUUUAUUCGAUGUAAUCUUACCUAAAUUGUAUUUAUAAACUUGGGAAGUAAAACGGCAUCGCUGUAAGGGGUCAACCGUUCUGCGGUGAAGCCUGCAUCCGAAUCCAUAGACCGUCGAACCCGAACGAAUGACUUUAAUUUACGAAUUCGAAGGACUUCGAGUGAACUCGAGUACAGACUUGCGUGACUUGAUGUAAAACGACCCAACGACACGUGCUCGUGACUUGAAACGAAUUUACACGUAUCAACGUCAAUGUCAAAAGUCUGGGUGAAAUCGCGGUGUGCAACUUGACUCGAAGAAUGGUUGACCCCGGAUCAACGCUCUAGCUCGAACAA